UCUAAGAAAAACUGCGCCAAUAUUGUGUAUAAACUUAAUAUGGCAGACAUGACUGCAAGUCAGGAAGGAAGAGAUGAAUUGACAAUGAAAUUGGCCGUCAGCGAAUACAUAAGUCUAGAAACAGUGUCACACAAAGAAGACUCGGAAGUUAAACAAAACAAUUCAUCGGGUGGAUAUACUAGUGCGCAAAUGGAUUUAAUAAUUGUGGCAAACAAAAACGAUAGCGAAGAAAAACAAGACGGGAACAUUAAAGUAAAAAUCCAGUCAGACGAUGUAUCUUUUGAAGAUAACGUAAAUUCCUGUAAUGACGAAAACAAUGAAAUGGCCUGGAGAGAAUCACCUGAAGAAAACAAACAUAACAGACGACUUUGUGAUCCUUGUCUUUUUGAUGAUGUGAACGAGAUUGCAAAUUCCUUUUGUGUAGUUUGCGUCGAAUACCUUUGCAAAAGAUGUGCACGAGAUCAUAGAAGAAGUAAAGCUACAAGAAACCACAAGGUUAUGAUUGAUGAAGAUAUACCAGAUGAUCUAAACAAUUUUAAGCUAAUGAAAUCAUUAGUGUCAUGUACCGAUCAUCCUGAAAUGGACGUUUCUUACAAAUGUAAAGCUCACGAAAAAUUCAUUUGCACGAGAUGUUUGGUUGUCAGUCAUAGAAAAUGCGAGGAAGUUAUAGAAAUUGCAAAUAUGAAAACCCGAGAAAAAGCCAGUACUAUGGAUGAUGUCUAUACUUUACUGCCAAAUACGCUUCAAUCAAUUUAUGAAACGACUGUCUCGGUUCGGAAUGCUAAAGAAGAAAAUAUUAAACAAUUGCAAAACAAAAAAUCGUUUAUUCAAAUGGAAAAGUCAGAGUAUAUAAAAUGCUUGCAAGAACAACUACAGAAACUAAAUGAAAAAUGUAAAAUUGAAAUAGAUGAUAUUGUGACUACAACUCUUCAUGAUUUAGAAAAAGAUAUCAAUAACUGCGAGGAAAUAGAAGAGAAGGAAAUCACGGAAAAGUGUCUGCUUGAUCUCGCAUUGAAGUAUGGUAACACGACUGAAAUCAAUAUCAUUUGCGAGAAAGUUGAAAAGAGUAUGAAACAAUUUAAAGAUGAAACUAUAAAACAGGAAUCGAAACCAGUGGUAAGUCUAAAGUUUGAUCGCAAUAAAGAUUUUGAAGAAAUUGCUUCGAUAGGGUCUGUGCGUAUCAUGAAGGGCCAAAAUGAAGGUUAUCAGGAAAAUAAUUCAAGCAGGAAAAAAUGUGGUAGAACUUUCCAGCGACGACCUGAGGGAGAAAACAUAUAAUGUUGGAAAUGAUAUAGUGCGUAAGUCGUUUAUGCAAAGCACGGUCAGUAAACGUAGAAUCAUGUAUGAUAUACAAAGUACAACGAGCCAACCGAUAGAGAAAUGUUCUAUUACCAGCAUGCUCCUUUUACCGGAUAAGAGAGUUGUCUUGACAGACUAUUCCAACAAACAAAUCAAAGUAUUGAAUAAGAAUUUAUCUAUUCAGAUGGAGUCAAAACUAGACGGAAAACCGAUAGAUAUGUGUCAUGUUUCAAGAAAUAGUUUAGCUGUAAUCAUUGAUGGGGUUAAAUGUAUAAAGAAGUAUUUGAUUGAUG